GGACAAGUCGCCGGCCGUCCUGUCACUGUAAUUUGCGACAUAGGAUGCUGUAGGAACGCAUGCAGUUUCUCCGGACAUGCCUCGAUCGCGCCAUUCGUUCUAGCGCGUCAGCGGGCGUGGCCUUUCGGCAUGGCCGGGCGGUGCUGCACGUCGCCAGGCUCUCAGUCGACAGUGCGACGCCCCAGAGCGCCCCAGCACGGCGAUCGACCGGCAGUAGGGCUCUUGACGUGCUCACUCGCGGCGGGUACCCGGCGGGCGUAAUCGUCGAGCUCACUGGCCCGGAGAUCGGGCCUUGCUCCCAUGCGGCAUGGCUAGCAGUUGCGGCGGCGCAGCGCGCAGCAACAGCGUCAUCUCCCAGGAGAAGCGCACCACCAGGCUCCACCACGUUCGCCGUGGGCAGCGAUGCCUUCGUUGCCGCCGGACAGAGCGUGCGCGCCGACGUGGGGCGCGGCCUCAUGCGCACUGCGCUGCCGCAGCCCACCGCCAUCCUCACAGCCCUUAAGCGCUUCCGCAACACGCGCGGCCUGGUGCUGCUGGAGUCGAUACAUGACGUGGCGCGGCAGGCUGCGCCGCCGGGCACGGACGCCGCCGCCACGCGGGCGCUGCGCGCGCGGAAGCUGGGGCGCUUCCUCCUGCACCUGUCCUUCUCGCUUCAGAAGGAAGACAAACAGAAAAAGCAGCAUGCGGGGUGGCAAGCGGAUGAGGACGAGCGUGGGGAUGGGGACGAUACGGCCGGCGGUGUGCCUCAAUGGAGGCGCCGGCGGCGAGCCGGCGAUGGCGACGACGACGCGGCCCACAGCGGCGCAGCGCCGUUGGCUUCGGUGUUGGUCUGCAACAAGCGCGUCGGCUCCCCGGGCGGCUAUGACGCUCUGCUGCAGCAGUAUGCAUCCAUGCGGCUGCGGUUGACGCGGGCAGGCGGCGCGGCGGGCGGGGCUGCAGCCGCGUUCGUGGCCAGAGUCGGCGACGGCAGCGGCGCGGCCGCAGUGGCGGGCGCGGCGGGCGCCGAUGCCGUGGCCGCGCAGGGCCUGGCCCGAGUGGUGACUGCUCACAUGCUCAAGGGGCCCGGCGUCACCUCCAGGAUGCCUGCGCCCUCCUGCACCCUGUACCUGCCGCCUGACCCGGCUGCUGCUGGCGGUGCUGGCGGUGCUGGCGGCACGGAACUUCAUGCCGCAACGGCGUUGCGGGCGGCCACGCCGUUGCCCGACCUGGCAGCGCUGCCCACGUGGCAGGUGCUGGACCUGGUGGAAGCUGGCCGGCAGUUGGGGCUGGUACGCGUGUCACUGCAUGGCAAGGCAGGGGCUGGGGAGGGCGCGGAGGCAGCAGCGGGGGCGGGAAAGCCUGAGGAUGGGCGGGCUGCUGGCAGCAAUGCUGUACCGAGCGCUGCGGCGGGAGCAGUUGGAGGGGGCAGUGUUAGCAGCGUGCCCGGCGAUAGCAGGGGCAUGGUGGCAGGGGCAGCAGCGGCAUCCUGGAGCUGGUAGGCAAGCUGGUGGCGACAGGCUUGGCGGCGGGCCUUGCGAACGAGG